ACAGAGAGUGGAGCUGAGGAACAUGGUGGUAGAACAGAGAGUGGAGCUGAGGAACAUGGUGGUGGAACAGAGAGUGAAGCUGAGGAACAUGGUGGUGGAACAGAGAGUGGAGCUGAGUAUCACUAAGACUGAACUGCAUUUCUACAAGAACAAGGUGGAGGAACUGGAGAGAGCGAACACAGGAUUGCAGGCCAGAGUGAGAGCCAGGUAGAGGAGCUGAAGACAGAGAAUGCAGGUAAUGUAGAGAUUAAAAAAGACCGUAUGUAAAGAGGAUGUUAUAUAUUUGGUCCAAAUCAGACAAGGAACAGGUUCCCAAAAUUGUUCCUAUAUUAGUAAUUUCAGCCCAAGCGGCUACAGGUAGCCGACUGCUUGUUUACACACCAAUCUACAUGUAUAAACACACAUGUCCAAUGAGACCAGAUACAGACAGAGUCCAACAUCACUAACUGGCUGCUCCAAUGUCUGGUGGCUUUGAGAGACUGACCGUGUUGAUCUGUUAUUCCUCUGAUGCAGGUGUCUUCAGUGCUCCAGUGUCUGGUGGCUUUGAGAGACUGACCGUGUUGAUCUGUUAUUCCUCUGAUGCAGGUGUCUUCAGUGCUCCAGUGUCUGGUGGCUUUGAGAGACUGACCGUGUUGAUCUGUUAUUCCUCUGAUGCAGGUGUCUUCAGUGCUCCAGUGUCUGGUGGCUUUGAGAGACUGACCGUGUUGAUCUGUUAUUCCUCUGAUGCAGGUGUCUUCAGUGCUCCAGUGUCUGGUGGCUUUGAGAGACUGACCGUGUUGAUCUGUUAUUCCUCUGAUGCAGGUGUCUUCAGUGCUCCAGUGUCUGGUGGCUUUGAGAGACUAACCGUGUUGAUCUGUUAUUCCUCUGAUGCAGGUGUCUUCAGUGCUCCAGUGUCUGGUGGCUUUAAGAGACUGACCGUGUUGAUCUGUUAUUCCUCUGAUGCAGGUGUCUUCAGUGCUCCAGUGUCUGGUGGCUUUGAGAGACUGACCGUGUUGAUCUGUUAUUCCUCUGAUGCAGGUGUCUUCAGUGCUCCAGUGUCUGGUGGCUUUGGGAGACUGACCGUGUUGAUCUGUUAUUCCUCUGAUGCAGGUGUCUUCAGUGCUCCAGUGAGAGGAGUACAUGGACUUUGGUUUGUUCAGGAAUGACCAGGGUGUAAUGUGGAAUGGACAGUACAAUAGUCACGGAAGGUGACAGUAUCUCUCCAAUUCUGGGACUCUAGAACUGGAGGAGGGGGACUUGGUCUACAUGCGUCUCCCAUCAGGCUAAAGGAUCUAUGUUGAUUCUAAUAAACACAGCUGCUUCAGUGACUUCCUGCUCUUUCCUAUGUGAGAUGAACACCACAAAAGCUGUAAUAAAAAGUCCAAUCUGUUAUGACAUUCCAUGAAACAUUAUGACGCUAAAUUAAAAUGACUUAACGUCUUCUGUUGUGUUGACAUUUGACUGUAUUUACUAUGAUACAGAUGAAUGUUAUUCAGCUCAGUAGUUUGACUGUAUUUACUAUGAUAUAGAUGAAUGUUAUUCAGCUCAGUAGUUUGCCUGUAUUUACUAUGAUAUAGAUGGAUGUUAUUCAGCUCAGUAGUUUGGCUGUAUUUACUAUGAUAUAGAUGAAUGUUAUUCAGCUCAGUAGUUUGACUGUAUUUACUAUGAUAUAGAUGAAUGUUAUUCAGCUCAGUAGUUUGGCUGUAUUUACUAUGAUAUAGAUGAAUGUUAUUCAGCUCAGUAGU